UAGAUUGAUCCGGACUACAUGAAUGGAUGCCGCAUGGGCUCCAGCUGCUAUAACACAACAUGACAACAUAGUAUAUUUAAUUACAGGGGGCUAUUUUCCUGAGACUUGUCAUGAAUGAAGCGGAAUACGGAUGCACAGGACAGUGCUGAGAGAGGCACACUACAUUCCGGAGGAGAUUAUUUGGUGUCCUGCCCUGCCCUGCACAAGGAUUAGCCGUGAAGGAGAUGGAGGAGCCUGGAGAGGAGAGGCAGGCGGCGAGCUGGAGGUCUGCACGGAGGUUUUACAGCCUAAAGGAAGUCUUCACAUGGCGUCUGCUGAAGACCAUCGCCAUGGGCCAGGCCUUGUCCCUGCUGAUCUGCGGGACGGCGGUGAGCUGCCAGUACCUGGCCGAGGCCGGCGUGGAGACGCCCAUGCUCCAGAGCUUCCUCAACUACGCCCUGCUGCUGCUCACCUACACGUCCUACCUCUGCUCCAGGAAGGGUGACGGGAACAUUUUACAGAUUUUAAAAACCAAGUGGUGGAAGUAUCUGCUGAUGGGUCUGACAGAUGUGGAGGCCAACUACACGGUGGUGAAGGCCUACCAGUUUACAACCCUGACCAGUAUACAGCUGCUGGACUGCUUUGUGAUCCCGGUGCUGAUGGUGCUGUCCUGGUUCCUCCUGAAGACCCGCUACAGGCCCGUCCACUUUGUGGCCGUGACUGUCUGCCUGCUGGGGGUGGGGGCCAUGGUCGGGGCCGACCUGCUGGCCGACAGGGACCAAGGAUCCAGCAGUGAUGUGCUGCUGGGCGACAGUCUGGUCCUGCUGAGUGCCGUUCUGUACGCCGUGUCGAACGUUUGUCAGGAGUACACCGUCAAGAACCUGAGCCGUGUCGAGUUCCUCGGCAUGAUGGGUCUCUUUGGCACGCUCAUCAGUGGGGUACAGCUGGCUGUGCUGGAAACGAGAGCGGUCGAGGCGAUAAAGUGGGACCUCAAAAUCAUCAUGCUGUUUGCAGUCUAUGCCCUGUGUAUGUAUGCACUGUACAGCGUCAUGCCCGUCGUGGUGAAGAUGACCAGCGCCACGGCGGUCAACCUCUCCCUGCUCACCGCCGACCUCUUCAGCCUCUUCUGUGGCCUCUUCCUCUUCCACUACACAUUCUCCGGCCUGUACAUCAUCUCGUUUGUGGUCAUCACCUUGGGCUUCAUCAUGUUCAACGCCGUUCCCACACACUCCGCCACGACCGAGUCGGACUCCAGAGGCGGGAACUCUGGCGACCACACCGCCAUGUUGGCCGAUCAGGCGACGGGAUCCUCAUCCGACCGCCUGCUGCCAGAGGAGAAAGGCGGUGAGAGAGCCGAGACGCCGGCGGUGAUCGCCAUACUUUGACUCUGGAACUGAACCAAAGUGGAGAUGACCAGGGAGGCGAGGGCCGUUGUAAAAAAAAAACACUGGUGGACUCAGAGGCGUCUUUGGGUGCCAAGAUUCUCCUUCUGUUCUGAGACAAUAGGCCAAAUCACCUUUAUGUUACGCUGACAGCUUUCACUUGAAGGUAGAAAACUGGCUGUUCAUUUGAUUUGUGGAGGCCUGUGAGGUCGGCAAAUUGGAUGAUUUCCAUGGUCAUUAUUCAGCUGUAAUGGUGACGUUCAAAGAUGUUCAUGGCCUUAAAACCUGAUAUUUCUUUUUUACGAUUUUUUUUUCCUUUAUUGUUUAAUAUUUCUGUAUGUUUCUGCUUAGCUUGUGUCUUUUAAUUAGCCAAAAUCAAUUCAACAGCGCCAUCUCCAGGCCGGUCAGCAGUUUAAGGAGCAAGUUUGCUCUUGUCAGCUGUAAACCUGAAACCUCGGGUUAGGGUUAGGGUGUCCACUCUUCACCGUUUGCCGCUGCUGUUGGUUUUUGUUUUCGCCCCGUUACGUUGCUGCACGCUGCUGAACUCACACAGAUUCGAUACCGAGGUUUUCUACCCACAAGUUGUUUAAACAAACCUUGUGAUUCGGUCUGUAGAGCUUUUGCUCUACAUUUAGGUCACUAUGCACAAGUGCACACUUCAUUGUAUUUUGCCAAACAUUGUUUUUGGGAUGUUUUGCUUUCUCAUACUGAGAACUUGAAACAAACUGCAGUCCAGCUUGUAGGACAUCUCAUACUGCUGGUCAUGUGAUGGUCUCCAGGUUCCUGUUUGUAUAAAAAUGACUUAAGUUUGGUUUAUUUUGUCAUUUUAUUUUUUUAUACUGUUACUGAUCUUGAUUAAAUGGCAGUAAUUAUUGCAUUUUUAAGCUGCUAACUGUGCAGUAAUCAGUAAUCACCAUACUUUUUUAAUCAUGUUUUUUUUUUAACUCUGAAUCCUUUUGUCAUUUUCAUCUGUUGCUUGUCUGUUUUCUAAAUAUUUUAGGAGACACAUUGUUUUAUGAAAAUGUUUUUUUUUUUUUUCCCUUUUAACCUAAUCAUGUAUGCUGCUGUUAUUUUGAAUUUGUGCAAAGUUUACCUGUAUUUAUUCAGAAAGCGGUAUUUAUUUUUGACAGUAGCGCUGUUACAGUUUUGACAAUCUCAUAGCCUUCUCUCCUUUGCUCUGCCAAAAUAAAUGGGUGAUAACA